GCAAGACUUAUUUCCUAUUCAACAAGACAAUGAAUACUGCAGUCCUCCUCGUCUGCUUCUUCGUCAUCAUCAAUCUGGCUGUUUCCGACAGCACACCACAAACCAGUCAGAAGGAGGCUGAAGAACUAGCGAAGAUCAAGGCGUCAGCUGAAUUCAAAGAUGCCAAGGCCAAAGUUCUCACUGUCCUGUCAGCUAAGAUCGACAACUACGUUCUCGACAGUCUACGCAAGAAGAAAGUUCCAACUGGACAAGACUUUUAGAAGCGAAUCGCCUUAUGUCUGCCUACUCUGAAAAUUGUGUUGAGUGUACUUACUGUCUUUUAUAGAGCUUGUCAAUCAACUGGUGAGUAGGAAGAAGAUUUGUGUAGGCGUUUGCUUUUAUGUGUGAUGUACAACUUGUGGGAAACUUCCACUAACCACUUUUGUUCACACAACUCUUUCUCUAUGUAAAAAUACA